CCAUAUGCUGGUCUGGUCUGUCUCUCUGGCUUUUCAAUUCCCAGAAACUCUCCCUCAAGAAAGAAAAAUCCCAGAAUUCCAUUCCGGAAAAAACCACGGGAAAAUGGAAUCGAAAACCCAGAAACCGCAAGAAUCCUCGAAGAAAGAUUGGUCCUUGCGAGACUUCGAGAUCGGAAAACCCCUCGGAAAGGGGAAAUUCGGCCGAGUCUACGUCGCCCGAGAAGCCAAGAGCAAGUACGUAGUGGCAUUGAAGGUAAUAUUCAAGGAGCAGAUCGAAAAGUACAAGAUUCAGCAUCAGCUGAGGAGGGAGAUGGAGAUCCAGACCAGCCUCCGCCACCCCAACAUCCUCCGCCUCUACGGCUGGUUCCACGAUGACGACCGCAUCUUCUUGAUCCUCGAGUACGCUCACGGCGGAGAGCUCUACGGACUUCUCAGGAAAACUACCUACCUUUCGGAGAAACAGGCCGCCACUUAUAUUUUGAGCUUGACUGAAGCAUUGGCGUAUUGUCACGAAAAGCAUGUGAUUCAUAGGGACAUCAAGCCUGAAAAUUUGCUAUUGGAUCAUGAGGGUCGAUUGAAAAUUGCAGACUUUGGAUGGUCUGUACAGUCAAGAAGCAAGAGGCAUACCAUGUGUGGAACUCUAGAUUAUUUAGCACCAGAAAUGGUGGAGAACAAAGCUCAUGAUUAUGCUGUUGAUAACUGGACUUUAGGCGUUCUUUGCUAUGAGUUCCUCUUUGGUAUUCCUCCCUUUGAGGCCGAAAGUCAAAAGGAUACAUUCAAAAGGAUAAUGAAGGUUGACCUAAGCUUCCCAGCUGAACCUCAAGUUUCCGCGGAGGCUAAACAUCUCAUUACCAGGCUUCUCGUCAAGGACUCCUCAAAGAGGCUGUCUCUUCAAAAGAUCAUGGAACACCCUUGGAUAAUCAAGAACACAGAUCCCUCCGGCAUUUGCAAAUAGCUUGCGUUUCUUGCUUUCAUCAUGCUCUAACCAUGGAAGUGAGCGCAGCUGAAUUUUGUAAAUUUCGGUCAGAAUCUCAUCGGACAAGAGACGAUUAAUUUCUCUAAUAUAUGCUAAGGAAGUCUUGUAACUUGUCAACAUUGAUCACAUCAGUUGCUGGCUGAGUAUGCUUUAAUAUACUUCUCAGUUCUGACUGUUCCCAGUAAAUAGUAGACAUAUAUCUAAAGGUUU